CCGAUGCCCGUUGGUGCUACGUGGCGCUGCGAUGGCCGCCGCCAGCCGGGCCCGCGCUGGCUUUGGCGGCGGUGUUGGCGGCGGGGCGGGCGGUGACAGAUGUAUCUGAAGAGGCCGGUGGGCGGCCUCGCCUUCUGCCUCUUCUACCUGGCGUCCUGCUUCACCAACAAGUAUGUCCUGUCUGUCCUGCAAUUUACCUACCCUACCCUUUUUCAAGGGUGGCAGACAUUAGUGGGUGGACUUCUGCUUCAUGUCUCCUGGAAGCUGGGCUGGGUGGAGAUAAACUUGUGUUCAAGGUCUGAAAUCCUGUCGUGGCUUCCUGCUUCAGUACUUUUUGUGGGCAUUAUUUAUGCUGGCUCUAGGGCACUGUCUAGAUUGCCAAUCCCAGUGUUCCUCACUGUGCACAACGCGGCAGAAGUUAUAACCUGUGGGUUCCAGAAGUUUGUGCAGAAAGAGCAGACCUCUCAUCUGAAAGUGUGUAGCGUACUGUUCCUCCUGGUAGCAGCAGUGUGCCUUCCUUUAUGUGACACAGAGUUUGAUCCAAAUGGUUAUUUAUGGGCUCUAAUUCACUUGAUCUGUGUUGGGGCUUACAAAGUAUUUCACAAGUUGUGGAAACCUAGCUCUUUAAGUGAUCUGGACCAACAGUACAUCAACUAUGUAUUCAGUGUGGUGCUGUUGGCCUCUGCAUCCCAUCCAGCAGGUGAUCUCUUCAGUGCCUUGGACUUUCCAUUCCUGUACUUCUACAGGUUUCAUAGCAGCUGCUGCGCCAGUGGUCUGUUGGGAUUCUUUCUGAUGUUGCACACAGUGAAGCUAAAAAGCAGCACAACCUCAGGGCAAUAUGCAGCAUGGAGUUUCCUUGCCAAGAUUAUCACUGCUAGCUUAUCACCGUUCUUCUUUGUCAUGACUGCCAAUGUGCUAACAAUUUCUUGCCUUGUGACCAGUGGAGUUGGAGAAGCUUUGCUUGUUUACACUGAAAGGACAGGCACAUAAAGAGGAACCAGAUCUAACCAGCUGGAAAAGAGCUGACUUGCAGCCUAGAGAUCCUGUCAUGAAUAAAAUGCGGCAGCAGGAAUGAAGAAGUUCAACCAAACACGAGGAAAAAGACCUUUUUUUAUUAUUAUUAAGAAAGAAAAACUGUGCUAUUAUUAGUGCUGGUAAGACAGCAGCAUAGUUGGCAGGAUGGUUAGGAGCCUUUGUCUCAAAGCACAAGACAAACUAUUUCUGAUUGAUGUGGUAAAGGAAGAACUGCACUGUCUCAUGCUGGUGGCUCUGUGUGAGAACCUUUCAGUAGCAGCUUCUUGCAGAGGGAACUGAAUUCAGGAAAAGCAGCAUCCCCACUGGAUGCCUCCAGUUCUUUUGUUGGAAGCUGACAGCAGGUUGUACUGCCAUGAAUUCAGGAUCAGGAAGGAUGGAUUUUGUCUCCGACUGUUCUGUAAGCAGCAAGCUGCCACACACAGGUCUCUAGUCAUGUCGUCUGAGCUGGCACAGUGACUGAGGCCAUGGGGCUUCUGGAGAUAAUCCCCUUCUGGAACUGUGGCGGUUUGACAGCUGUGCAGAAUGGGGAAAUCAGCAAUAAACCUCAGUAUCUGUAG